AUGAAUGGCAUUUCUACUAAAAUCCUCUUAAAAAUGUCAGAUAAAAUAAGUUAAAGUUGUGCUUUAUUAUUAAAGUCUAAUCAACUAAAUGUUAUUAAUCUUAUAUUUAACAAUCAAAUAUUUUCAUAAAAACAUUUAAGUAAAUUAAAUUUCAAAUAUCAUCCAAUGAUUUUUAUAGUGUUUGAUGUUUUUUUUAACUAUAUGCAGGAUGAGAUCUUUAUUAAAAAUUUAUCAGUCUUUAAUCUUUAUCAAUUAAGACAAAAUAAAAAUGUAAAAAACGAUCUUAAUAAAGCCAGUAUAAUAGACAGUCAUAAAUAUUUGAACGGUAGAGAAGGAGAAAAGCAGGAAUAAGAAAUUCAUUGA